GAGAGAGAGAGUGAUCAGUGAGAGAGUGGGUUUUUUUUAGAGAGAGAAAGCUUUAAGCUUUAGCGCUCUCUCUCUCUUUCUCUCUCUGGCGCUCGCGCACUGUAUCAUUGUAUCAAUCAAUCUCUCUAUCUACCCUAUUCCUUCUCCGUUCUCACGCAUCUGACGUCUCCAAUCAUCACUCCCCCACCCCACCCCACAGUCUGUACCAAUAAUCUGUCUGUAUUGUCAAUCCCUCGCGUCUACAGAGCAGGGUAAAUAGCUCGGAUUCCCGUCAUGGAACUGUACGGACUCAACCCGGCGAGGAACGGGUCUCAGUCGGGCCACCAGCCGGCGGACUGGGCCCCAUCAGGCGGGGAGACCGGGCUCGAAGAGUCAAUGUGGCAAUUGGGGCUGGGCAGCAGCGAAUCCUACCCGGAGCGGCCUGGAGUGCCCGAUUGCGCGUAUUAUAUGCGGACCGGGUUCUGCGGAUAUGGAAGGAGGUGCCGCUACAAUCACCCCCGGGAUCGCGCCGCGGUGGCAGCAGCUGUAAGAGCUACAGGGGACUACCCAGAGCGACCGGGAGAACCUGCAUGUCAGUUUUAUCUAAAAACCGGGACCUGUAAAUUUGGUGCAUCGUGCAAGUUUCACCACCCAAAACAUGCCGCUGGAUCCUUGAGUCGUGUCCCAUUAAAUAGUUAUGGAUACCCUUUAAGACAGGGUGAGAAAGAAUGCUCCUACUAUUUGAAAACGGGGCAGUGCAAAUUUGGUAUAACUUGUAAAUUCCACCAUCCUCAACCUGCUGGCUCCUCGAUGCCAGCCUCUGCACCUCAGUUUUAUCCCCCGGUGCAGUCUCCCACGGUUACUCCUGUACCUGAACAAUAUGGAGGAGCAGCAACCAGCUUAAGAGUGGCUAGGCCUACUUUAUUGCCUGGCUCAUAUGUUCCUGGGGCAUAUGGUCAUGUGCUGAUUUCUCCUGGAGUCGUUUCAAUGACUGGCUGGAAUCCUUACUCAGCCCCUGUAAGCCCGGCAUUAUCUCCAGGUGCUCAACCUGCAGUUGGAGGAGCUUCUUUAUAUGAUGUAGCACAGCUUUCUUCCUCGAGCUCUGCACUUACAGUAGCAUAUCCUCCUGCUCCCUCUCCUGGCGGACCUUCAAGAGGCAGCCAAAAGGAACAAGUGUUUCCCGAGAGGCCUGGUGAGCCGGAAUGUCAGUACUACUUGAGAACUGGUGACUGUAAAUUUGGAUCAUCUUGUCGUUUUCACCAUCCUAGGGACCGAAUCUUGCAAGGGCCAAAUUUCGUCCUCAGUCCGCUUGGUCUUCCUUUACGCCCGGGCGUGCAACCCUGCAGCUUCUACCUGCAAAAUGGGCACUGCAAGUUUGGGUCCAUCUGCAAGUUCGACCACCCGAUCGGGCCCAUGAGGUACAACCCAUCUGCUUCAUCUCUCAUUGACGUGCCUGUCGCGCCUUACCCUGUCGGGUCCCUUCUAGGAGGAACUCUGGCCCCACCUUCCUCAGAGCUUAGGUCGGAACUCAUCCCGGGCUCCUCCAUGAAAGACUCCUACCCCUCCGUCCGAGUCCCUUCCGGCAGCAACACGACCAGCUCGGUGGGCCUGAUGUUCUCCCAGACGGGGGCCGUAUCAAUCUCCGAUGUUCAGCUCCCUGUCCAGAGCUCGGCUCCCUUGAGUAGUAGCAGAAAUACGAAAGAAGGUGGGGAUGUUCGUAUAUCAAGCUGAAGGACUUAGGGCAGAAGAAAGGAAGCCAUCUCAAAUGAGAUUCCACAAUCACCAGCAGCAUCAUUAGAUUUCUGUUUAUAUCUUGGGGCGAUUAUUAUUAUUACUAUUACUAUUAAUAUAAAUAAUGAUGAUAAAUAGGGCAAUUGUAAUUAGAGGCAGCAUUACUGGGUAUUGGGGUCUAUGAGAAUCCAGUCUGAUUUAAUCAGAGCAUUAAUUAGGGUUGAAAUUGUCAUCAUCCUUUGUUGAGGCUGUCGAUGUCCAUAUUAUAUAUCUUGAAAUAAGUACACUCUAGGUGAACAUUUAAUAUGUACAAGGAAUCAACGAUAUCGGGUAAUUUAAUACUCCCCAUUCCUUUUCA